AUUUAUAAUAAUUAUUAUUUUAAUAAUUACAAUAUGACUGAUCGUCAUCAUCAAUAUAAUAAUAACACUACUACUACUACUAAUAAUAAUAAUAAUAAUAAUAAUGAAAAACAUUCAGUUAUAGAUGGAAAUUGUACAAAAGAUGAUUGUAUAGCAUUUAGUAAUAUAAAAGAAAAUCGUACAUCUAAUACAAGUAUUUUUAUUGAUAAUAAACAUAAUAAAAAUAGUCAAAAUUCAUUUCAUUUAUGGAAUUCACAUAAAUAUAAUCAUAUAGACAUAUGGAGACCACGUAAUAGAUGGGAGUUUUGUUUUAUAUUUGCAGUGAUAAUUGUUGUAAUUUUAUUGAUUAUAUUUAUUAGUUUAUGGGGAGCUCAAUUGAUCGUUAAUCAGUAUAAACCUUGUUUAGAACCUACAUGUAUUAAAGUUGCUGCAGAAAUUCUUGGCAAUAUGGAUACAAGUGUAUCACCUUGUGAUGAUUUCUUUGCAUAUUCCUGCAAUGGGUGGAUAAAACAGAAUUAUAUACCACAAGGUCAUAAUUCUUGGUCUGUAAUGCGUAAACUAUCCAAAUAUGACGAACAUUUUACCAAAGAAUUACUUGAAAAUCGUUCGCAUAAAGACACUAGUCGUGGUUUCACUUUGGCACAAAUAUACUACAAUUCAUGUAUGAAUGAAUCUGUUAUUGAAAGUCGAAGAUUGACACCUCUUUAUGAUUAUAUAAAAAAAAUAUUUAAUGGUUGGUUAUUACUGCCGAUUGGGAAUCCAGCAGCCGGGGAACAAAAUGCUAAUCUUUUUCGUCCUGGCACAUUUGAUUUAACAGAUAUGUAUUUACCUCUGUUAAAGUAUUUAGGUGCAACACCAUUAUGCCGUAUUCUAGUUGGACAAGAUCAGAUGAACUCCUCUCGAUUUGUAAUAGAUCUUGUAGAAGGAUAUCUUAGUUUGCAAAGAGAAUAUUAUGUAAACGAUUCGUAUCCAGCUUAUUCAAAAAAAACUGAAGCAUUUCGUCGAUUUAUGAGGAAUUAUUCCCUCUUGUUAGGAGUACCAAACUCGUCGUUACAUGAAGUAGAUAAAAUUUAUGAAUUCGAAAAACAGAUUGCUUUGAGAACUGAAGACCGUAGUGAAAGAGACCCGGAGAAAAACUACGAACUUGUUACUCUACAAAAUUUAUCUUCUAUUUGUCCUGUGCUUAAUUGGACGAAAUUAUUUGACUAUAUAUAUGCACCACUAAACUUCAAGCUUUCUCAAGAUCAAGUGAUCGCAUUACAUGAUCGAACAUUCUUCAGAGAACGAUGUGCUUUAUACGAAGAAUAUUUGAAAACAGAGGCCGGUAUUAGAACUUUACACAAUACUGCUGUAUGGAAUUUUAUGUGGAGAACAGUCCCACGCAUGCCAAAAGAAGUUAAUGAAAUGUUGGAAGAAUACAGAGAAGCAGAACUAGGAUUGAAAGUUGAUCCAGAUCGCUGGCAGAUAUGCGUUAACGAAGUACAAGGUCCAUUCGGAAUGGUGAUUGGUAGACAUUUUGUCCACGAAAGGUUUAAUCAGAAAAGUAAAGAAGCGGCUACAGAAAUGAUAACUGAAAUUAAGACAGCAUUUAAAGAGAAUUUCGCUAGUGUUGAAUGGAUGCAAGAAGCUGAUAAGCUUAAAGCAAUUGAAAAGGUGGAUUCAAUGAAAGCUUCAGUUGGUUAUCCACAAAAUAUUGAUAAUAUAACAGACGAAAAUAAGGCGUUUUCAUAUUUUGUUGAUUUGAAUGAAUCAACUUAUUUUGAAAAUGCAUUAUAUUGUUCUGAAGCAUUGUUUCUUGAUAUUCUACGAGAACUGAUAAUCCAGGACCCAGAUAGAUGGUCUUUACCAGUUCAUAUUGUAAAUGCAUAUUAUAAAGAAAAUUCAAAUCACAUAUUUUUUCCUGCUGGUAUACUUCAAAGUCCAUUAUAUCAUCAUGAACAACCGUUAUCAUUAAAUUUUGGUGGAAUUGGUAUGGUUGUUGGACAUGAAAUAACUCAUGCUUUUGAUCAACAUGGUGCUAAAUUCGAUGCUAAAGGAAAUAUGCGAGAUUGGUGGAGUGCAGAAACAUUGUCAGCUUUCGAAAAAAAUUCACAAUGUAUGAUUGAUCAGUAUAGUAAUUAUUCAAUUCUUAAUACAAGUCUUAAUGGAAAAAUGACAUUAGGUGAAAACAUCGCUGAUAACGGAGGUCUUAAAGCAGCCUAUAAAGCAUUUAAAAAGUUGGAGGCCAAAUAUUCCGACAAACCUAUAUUGCCUGGUUUAAAUUUCACUCCAGAUCAGUUGUUUUUCAUUGGAUUUGCCCAGUUAUGGUGCAUUAAAAGCCUCCCUCAGUCAGUUCUAAAUACUGUGCUUUUUGAUGUUCAUACAGUGGAGCAGUACAGAGUAAUCGGUACCAUAACAAAUUCAGAAGAAUUUGCUAAAGUUUUCAACUGUCCUCCAGGAUCACCAAUGAAUCCUGUAAAGAAAUGUCAUGUUUGGUAAAUAUUAUUACUGAUUAUAAUUUUAAACAAAACGCUAUGUUUCUAUCCUAUUUUCCAUCCCAUUUCCAUUUUGGAUAAUUUGGGCAAUUUCACAUAAACAAUUCUUCAUCAGUAUUAUCACUAUCGUCUUUGUUGUUAAGAUGAUCUUUAUUGUUAUUAUCAUUAUUGUUAAUAUUCGUACAAUUUUUAUGCAAAUAAAUGAAACGUGAUUAAGCUCAAUUUCAAUACUUGAUAAUAAAUGUCUUUUAAUUAUGUCAAUAUAUUCCUAAGUAGAUGGAUGUGCUUGUGUGUGUAGUUCACUUUGAUUUUUUUUAUUAAGGGAAAAUAGAAACUUUCAACCUAAAUGUAUUCAUAUGGUUAUAUACUCUUAUAUCUGUAAAUGUUAAUGUGCUUAUUUGUAUGGAAUAUAUGUGUAUGUGUAAACUCAUUUACAAUCAUACAUGAAGAUCUUUAUCAAUCGACAAUUUUUAUGAAACUAAUCAGCAUUGAAUUUGUGAUCUUACAUAAUCGUUUGUAAUUUCCAAGAUUUUUCAUUGUGAUUAAUAAUCAGAUUAUUAAUGGAUAUAAUUUUUAUUCUCUUUUUUUUCAUUUUUCUUUCUUUCGUUAGUUUUUUUUCAGUCUUUUUUUAAUUACGUGAUUAAACUUUAAAAAAAAUAUUCAUUCGCUUCACUUAUAUUUCUUUUAUGCUUUUUUUGUAUUCUUCUGUGAAUAUUUUGUGCCUGACUUUGAAAUGAAUAAAGAGGGAAACAGGAGAGAAAACACAGUAAAACGAUCUAUUUUACUAAAGUUCUUAUCAUUACACAUUUAAAAAACACCUAAUAUUUGUAUUACAGUGUAUUCAACAUGUUUUUUUUUAUUUAUUGUCCAAGCAUAAAAUGUUUUUUUUUUAAAGGAAUAAUGCAAUGGCAUAUAUAUGUGGUGCAGUUUUCUGUUUAAUGAUGAAUAAUGUAUUUAAUAGUCAUUGUGAUUUUAUCCUCAUUAUUACCGUUUGAUUUUUCAGUUAUGUGGAAAUCUGUUGAGUUAACCAAUAACAUUUUUUGUUGAAGUUCAAUUUGUAUUCGUCAUCGUAUGUUACAUUUGUUUAAACAUAUGAUAAAUCUUGGUUCAUCAUCAGACCUAAGAGAGUCUAUAACUCUGACUCAUAACAGAUUAGCUAGUGUUUUAUGAAUUCAAUAAACGUUAAGAAAACAUAUAGGCAGUGUCAACUUCUUAAUAAUUUAACGAUAAACGUAUAGGAAUAUCUUAAAGUGUGUAAAUACUAGUGAAAUAAAACAUGUCAUGUUUUAUAGUAAAGCUUGAUAUGGUUGAAAGUAAUGCUAGAGUUCUUUGAGCUUGGAUGAAUACUAUAAACAUAUUACAUAAUUUGUAAAUAGAGAAAUUCAGGUCGACAUCCUAUUUUUUUCUAUAAAGUUAAUAACCAAUUUAUUAAGUCAGUCCAGUGAAUAUUGUUAAGGAUGUAAAACAAAGAAAAUAUUCUUGGUAAACACCCGUUUUCAUGAUACAUAUACAAAGUAAUUUCGGUAGAUAGAAAGCCAUUUGAGUUAGCGUUAUCGGAUUUCAAAUGAGUUAUGAUUUAUAAAGAUUUUAAAAACGAUGUACCGUUAUAGUCUUUCAUAUAACCAUAGUGACCAUGUAACUUGAAUAAACUAAGAACAAAGUGUAGAUACUUUAUGUUAGAGAAGUCAGAAAUAAAGUGAGAUAGAAUAAUAUUAAGAGACUAUAAUACGAGAAGAUAGAUUAUGCAAUACAUAGACUAGUUGAGUAAAUCUCAGUAGUAAGAAUUAAGAUAUUAGAUUAUGUAGACUAUGUAAAAAUGAAAACAAAAUCUUACAUAAUAAUCCCAUGAAAAAUAAGGUCAUCAGGGUAAACAUUUCUGUUUCUAUACUUUUCUAGAAUAUUCAUACAUUUAACCUAUAAAUAAGCGAACAUUUAAACAAUUUUAAUUCUUCCGUAUUAUAAUCUCUUAAUAUUAUUCUAUCUCCAUAUUUUGACUCAGUUUAUUUCAGACGUUUCUGAUCUAACGUAUGUACAUUUACUUUGUUUUAAUGAAUAAAACUAUAGUUUUGGGUUGUAAGCAGCUGAAGAGAAUUCAUAAAACCAACGAAAUUCAUAUUGUACUGCUAAGAUAUUUGUUCAUUCUUCAUUCAAGUUAAUAUAGUUUUACUGAAA